AUGGAAAGUGUGGAACCACCGGCGGCGUCAGCGACGCCGCAGCUCGUCGAAGUCUUGACGAAGAUACUGACCACAGAGAAAGAGCCACUCCAGAAACUAAACUCCUACAUUCCUCAUUUCUCCGCCAACUCCAAUCUUCUCUUACCGCUGCUCUCGUCCAUGACCUUGGCACGAAUGCCCACAACUCUCAUCUCUUUGCUUAACUGGUCACAGGCGCAUUUACAGGCGUCCCGGUCUCCGCUCUCCUCGCUAUGA